AUGAAAUUCUCACUUAUUUUGGCUCCGCUGGUGCUGCUGAGUGAUGUGGUUUCAGCGCAAAGCAGCUUAACCGACAUCUGUACAGGCAGCGCCAAUAAUGGCUGUAAAACAACCAUCACUGUACCAAACGGAUUCAAGAUCGUCAAGUCGAGCAAGAACGUUCGCUCUAUUCAGUUCAACUACAUCAAGGUCAACAUCUGCGAUCAACUCCGCAAAGCCCUCGGCACAACACUCGGCAACAAAUUCCUCAAGGCCCGGGAUCCUAUUUGCAAUUGCUUCACUAAACUGCGCACUCUAAACUCUGAGGGCAAGUUUACGUCUUCCUCGGCUGGUAACUUUGACUUGGCGAAUAACUACUAUCUGGAUCAGGCCGGGACCCUGGAGAAGUGCUUGACGGAUGGAGGUCUCAAAUACUCGCAAAGUCGUGAUGCCACCUUGAAUAAACUUAAGGCGACUGGCUGGCAAGUCGUCCUUGGAGCUGAUAUGGCCCGUGGAACCUUUCGUGCCAUGAUCUCCGUUAUCCAUCCCUGCCGAGUCACAGGUGUCUGCAACUCUGAACAGAUUUACGCUGUCUUCAGCAAUUACCUUACCGCCUCGUACAAACUUCUCCUUGGGCCUAUCAUACCUAUACUCAACCGUUGGAGAGACAACCUAGACCUUAUUACCAAGUCCACUGGCUACGUCAUGACUGCUACGGACAACGUUAAAGAAGCCUUUAAUGAGGUUGAGUAUAUCCUCAGCGGCUACUACGACUCCAUCUGCACUGAAAUGGACUAUUGCGGGAGCAAUCGACCAAAUAUUCGAAGGUUCAUGACAGAUGUGCAAAUCGUCAUCAAUUUGUCCGACAAGCUCAGCACAGGCAGACAGAUAUUCAGCUUCAACACCAAGACGAAGAGUUUGUUAGAUGAUGUCAACAAGCUCAGGUCAAACUGGGCUUAUAUCCCUCCCGCAAAUGAAAUGAUCAGCAAGAUUCGGAACAACGAGAUCAAAGUCACGAAGGACGUCUUCAAGUUUAUGCUUGUGGUUGGUGGGAUGUCAACUACCUCUAAGAAGGUAGCCACUGAGCUUGGCCCUUUGAAGUCGUUUGUCGCCGAAUAUCUGGCGGAUUCUAAAGCGCUUCACGAGCUCAUCACCCGUAUGCUGGCCAUUGACUGGGAGAAGGUCAACCAGGGGGAGUUUGACAACACUGACCAGACUGGCUAUUACGUACGCAAUGGGCUCAUCGCGAUCCAGGAAAACAUGAAGAAAGAACUGGCCGAGGCAGUAAAGGUCUACUUCUGGCUCAUCAGGGCAACCGACUCUCAGUUGAAGGACUUCACCCUGACGAAUGGUCGCUGGAAGAUGGAGUAUGGCACUGUGGAGUACCAGCGAUGGAGCACUAUUGAUAUAGACAUGCCAUGCACCAAGAUAACCAGCACGACGGCCAAGAAGGAUGGUCUGACGAAGACAUCGAACAAAUAUCGGACCUACUGGAAGUGCCACUUUGGUCCUCACACAUCUCAGUAUCAGGCAGUUCAUGUUCCGUACGUGAGGAUGUAUGAAUGA